AUGAAUAACAGAUAUAACAAUUCCAAUUUACAUCAGCGUGACAGCAAUAGAUCACAAUUAUUUGGUCCUGAUGUUGAUAGUUCAGAUGGUUUGAAAUCUCCAUAUGAAACCACAAAAUUGGAUUAUUCACAGAGUACUCUUGCUCAACUAGAAUCACAAAGUGAAGAGAACAUGGGUGUAAUGGGUGAAAAGAUAAAAGCAUUAAAGGCGUUAUCUAUGAAAAUGGGAGAUGAAAUAAGAGGUAGUAAUAAAAAUCUUGACAAUUUAGAAGACACAUUUGGCAAUGCUUCAGCUAAAUUAAAAAAUACGUUUGAUAGUAUGAUGGUCAUGGCCAAAAAUUCAAGGAUUAGUAUUAAAACUUGGUUAAUUAUCUUUUUCAUUGUCAUUCUAUUAUUUUUUUGGGUAUGGAUAACAUAA